AUGUAUCCUGGACGAAAGUACGAACAGCAAUACGGUGUAAAAUCCAAUAAUCCUGGUUAUCCAGGUUCUAAAGCACCUCCACCUCAACAACAGGCACCUCCACCUUUGCCACCUGGAUGGAUAGCUCUGUAUGAUCAUGCUAAUCAAGCAACUAGAAUUUCGCAAUGGGAACAACCUCCAUUAAAUCAACAAUACUAUAGUCCACCUCCACCAAACCAACAGUACCAUAGUCCACCUCUACCAAAUCAACAAUAUUAUAGCUACGUAAUGCAUCAAAAUCCGAAUAUACCUCCUCCUUCAAAUUAUGUAUUAUCAAAUUGUACUGGUCGUAAAAAGGCAGUUUUAAUUGGAAUUAAUUAUUUACAUACUAAAUUUGAGUUGAAAGGCUGUAUUAAUGACGUUCGCAAUGUAAAAAACUUCUUAAUUGAAUUGUAUGGAUUCAGAGAAGCUGAUAUGUGGAUCUUAACGGAUGAUCAGAAAGAUCCUGCAAGGAUUCCUUAUAGAAAAAAUAUUAUAGAUGCAAUGCGAUGGCUUGUACAAGACGCCAAACCAAACGAUUCUGGACAUGGUGGCCAGGUAGAAGAUCUUGACGGCGAUGAGGAUGAUGGAUAUGAUGAAACCAUUCUUCCGCUUGAUCAUGAUAAAAGUACUGGCGGUCAAAUAAUUGAUGACGACAUGCAUGCUUUAAUGGUGAGACCACUUCAACCUGGAGUAAGAUUAACUGCUAUUUUUGAUUCGUGCCAUUCUGGAACUGCUCUUGAUUUACCAUACAUAUAUUCUACACAAGGUGUAGUUAAAGAGUAUAAUAUUCUUUCCGAUGGGGGGAGUACUAUUAUGAAUGCUGGGAUGUCGUAUUUAAGAGGUGAUUUAAAUGGUAUAAAAACGAGUAUAGUGUCAUUUGGAAAGAAAGCUAUGUCUGGUAACAAGGUAGCAGAGCAAAAUAAGGUGAAUAAAUCAAGUCCAGCUGAUGUUAUUAUGUUUAGUGGAUGUAAGGACUCUCAAACGUCUGCAGAUGCUACUGAAGCCGGGCAAAACACGGGGGCCAUGUCAUACGCCUUUAUCACAGCAUUGAGGAGCAACAAACACCAAACAUACCAACAGCUCUUGAAUAGUAUCAGGGAUAUUCUUGCGCGAAAAUAUUCGCAAAAACCGCAACUUAGCACGUCCCAUCCAAUGCGUAUGGAUAUGUUUUUCACGAUGUAA